CACCCAGGCCAUUAAUCGGUUCAGGGCUAUACCAUAGUAGGUAAAAUUACAGAUUAACUUUACCCUAUAGUAUUAGGAGACAGUUGCCCAGGGUGCCGCGCAGCUGAAUUGAACCCAAAAUUACAAGGUCCGCGAAUCGAACUUCUUAACCACACUGCCCAUCGCUAAUUUUUUUGUAGAUUCUGACUCUUAGGAUAUUCGCAGUAUAAAUAUCUAAAGAAAGUGUACAAGAAAGGUUGGAGUAGGUGAAAAAUAAAAACAAUAAUAAACGAAGUUCAACGAGAUUUCUGCUUUUUUAGACAACUGAAAGAUGCUGAAACGUGUGCUUGUCGUUUUUGCUCAUGAAGAGCCAAAAUCUUUGAAUGCAACUCUGAAGAAUUAUGCAAUCAGUGUCUUUAAGGAGAAGGGCUAUGAAAUUAAAGAAUCUGAUCUUUAUGCCCAAAAGUUUGAUCCCGUUAUAAGAAGGAAAGAAGUAAUUGACAGUUCACCCAAUAAGGAUCAUAUUCAAUAUAGUCAUGCAAUUGCAAAUGCCUAUGCUGCUAAGGCAUUGCCUCCUUAUAUUCAACAAGAACUUGAUAAGGUCUCUUGGGCUGACGUGAUUUAUUUCCAGUUUCCCAUAUAUUGGUACUCAAUGCCUGCAAUGUUGAAAGGAUGGUUUGAAAAGGUAUUGAUCAGUGGGUUUGCUUAUGAUCAAAGACAAGGAAAACUUUUGGAUAAUGGUUUACUCAAGGGUAAACGCACAAUGCUGUCAUUUACCACAGGGGCUUCUGAAGCGAUGUUUACACCAAACGGAUUCAAUGGAGAUAUCAAUGUAGCUCUGUGGCCAAUACAAUAUAGUCUUCGCUUUUGUGGCCUGGAUGUCUUAAAGCCAUUCAUGGUCCACGGUGCUCAUUAUAUGAAUGACGAGAGACUGGCUGAGAUCAAGAAAACAUUGAAAGAAAAGCUGUCUAAAAUACAAGAGGAGAAACCAAUGGAAUACAUAUCUUUCAAGGAAUUCUCUUUCCCUCCUGGUCAACUGUCAGACAGUUAUAUGGAGAAAAUGUCAGGAGUGGAAACUGCACCCACUGUUGGCCAUCACCUUGGCAAGAGGAUGUAAAGCUUAAAAUGACUGAACAAAACUACUUAAAUGUCAAAUGAAUAAACAAAUGAAAUAUUA